AUGUGUCAAAAGGAGUUUGGUCAAGUCUACGAUGAGGUUCCAUUACUAAAAGAAUUCGCCCGCGAACUCCCGCAGAUGAUCGAGCAGCUCAGUCUGACUAAUUCCAUCAAAAAAGCCACUAAUGGAAAGUUGUCAACUGAUAUUUCAUCAAUUCCAAGUGGCAGUUCUGUAAUUCUAAUCGAAUCAAGUGCGCCAGAAGAAUUCGAAUGUGAAGCUUGUGAGCGAAAACAUCAAAUCGAGGACAUGUUUUACUGCGAGAAUUGCAAGGAAGAUAUUUGCGGUGCCUGCGGACUUCGUUCGCAUCGAGAUCACAAGUUGGACGAUUUCACACAAAAUGAGAUCAAACGUCUCUCUGAUGAAACGCACGAAACAUUGAGUAUUCAGCUAGCCACUUACGAGUACAUGAUCCCAAAGAUACAAUCGAAUUUAUCGGAUAAAAUUGAGAAACUAAAAGAGCUCCUUCUCAUGAAAGCCGAGAAAAUCCCAUCAAAACAGUACAAAGAGGCGAAGAUGGAGAAAAAUUACUGCAAAAAAAUGGGUGACGACUUCGAAGAAGCUUCUGAAGUCUACCUACCGCAUUUGAGAGGUUACGAAGCUAAAUUGGAGACGAAAAGUCACGUCUCAACACAAAUCACCACUCACAAACGCUUUUUCCCAAAUCUUUAUGAAGAUCUUCUUGUGAAAAUUUGCGAUUUUGAAAUGGGUUUAAACACUAAAAUUGAGGCAAUUAACGGCUUGAAGAACAGUGACGCGAAAAAGGAGCACGACGUGUGCAACGCGUUGGGUGACAAAUUCGAGUCGAUUUCCGAGGAGUACAUGCCUUAUUUGAGAGCUUACGAUACAAAGUUGAACUUCUCUUGGAAAUCGCUUCGAAAAAGAAAUGAUCUCAUUACACUCGGGUUCUACCAAAGUAUGCGAGCGGUACCCGUUCUCCUCGCCCUCGUGGCCUAUUGUGCGGCCGAAGUCUACUUUAAGGAGGAGUUCUCCGACGACAGCUGGGAGAAACGAUGGAUCCAGUCGAAGCACAAAGAAGACUACGGGGAGUUCAAGCUGUCCGCCGGCAAAUUCUUCGGUGAUGCCAAGCGUGAUCAAGGAUUGAAGACAUCUCAGGAUGCCCGCUUCUACUCACGAGGUGUUUCGUACCCAAAGUUCAGCAACAAAGGAAAAUCGGUUGUUGUGCAAUUCACCGUCAAGCAUGAACAAGGAAUCGACUGCGGAGGAGGAUACUUGAAGGUUAUGCGCUCGGAUGCCGACUUGAAGGAUUUCCACGGCGAGACCCCAUACAACAUCAUGUUCGGUCCUGAUAUCUGCGGACCCACCAAGAAAGUCCACGUUAUCUUCAGCUACAAAGGAAAGAACCAUUUGAUCAAGAAGGAGAUUCGUUGCAAGGAUGACGAGCUCACUCAUCUCUACACACUCAUCCUCAACCCUGACAACACCUACGAGGUCCAAAUCGAUGGAGAGAAGGCCGAAAGCGGAGAGCUCGAGACCGACUUCGAUCUCCUCCCAGCCAAGAAGAUCAAGGACCCCGAUGCGAAGAAGCCUGAUGACUGGGAUGAGCGCGAGUACAUCGACGAUGAGGCCGACACAAAGCCAGAGGACUGGGAGAAGGCCGAGCACAUCCCCGAUCCAGAUGCCAAGAAGCCCGAGGAUUGGGACGAUGACAUGGACGGAGAGUGGGAGCCACCAAUGAUCGACAACCCCGAGUACAAGGGAGAGUGGAAGCCAAAGCAAAUCAAGAACCCCGACUACAAAGGCAAAUGGGUGCACCCCGAGAUCGACAACCCAGAGUACUCGCCCGAUGACAACCUCUACUUGUACGAGGACUUUGGAGCCGUCGGAAUCGACAUCUGGCAAGUCAAGGCUGGAACAAUCUUCGACAACAUCGUCAUUGCCGACUCCGUUGAUGAUGCUAAGGCUCACGCCGCCGAGACCUUCGAUAAAUUGAAGGUCGCUGAGAAGGAAGCCAAGGAGAAGCACGACGAGGAAGAGCGUUUGAAGCGAGAGGAAGAGGAAAAGAAACGCAAGGAGGAGGAAGACACGAAGAAGGCCGAGGGUGGAGAUGAUGACGAGGAGGAAGAGGAGAAACCACACGAUAAGGAUGAACUU